GAUCAUCCUCUCCACGAAUGGAUACCGCAUCACAACGAAUGGCUGGCAGAACUAUUGCGCCAUGAAGGCCGCUGUGGAUUUACAGAGGAGAAAUGUCCACGUUGUCAAGGAGCCACAGCUGAGAUCCGUUGCGUCGACUGUGACGAUCUCACGCUCUAUUGUCAAGAAUGCACCGUCGUGAUGCACAAGCAGAACCCAUAUCACCGUUUGAAGGUCUGGGUACAAACGCAUUUCCGGCGCAAGACUCUCAAAGACGCUGGCCUUCGCAUUCAGGUCGGACACCCAUCCAGCAUGCGUUGCCGCAAUCCUGAGCGCGCCUGGGGUGAUGACUUCGUAGUCAUGGACAUAUCUGGCAUCCAUAGCGUCGGGCUAGAUUUCUGCAAUUGCGAAAUGGCUCAACCCCACGACAUUCAACUUCUCCGUGCUCAGCUGUUCCCUGCGACAAGUGACAACCCAAAGACGGCUGCAACGUUUCGGCUGCUUGAACACUUCCACCUCCUAUCAACACAAGCAAACAUUUCAGGUUUUCGGUUCUACUCCAUGCUUGAGCGACGCACGGAUAAUACGGGCCUGGACACACCCAAGGAUCGGUACCCUGAGCUGAUGCGCAUGAUGCGUCAGUGGCGACACCUCAAGAUGCUCAAGCGCUUUGGCCGUGGUCAUGACCCAAGCGGAGUGUCAGGGACUACGCCUGGCAGUUGUGCUGUGGAAUGUCCGGCGUGCCCUCACCCCGGAAAGAACCUCCCUGACAAUUGGAAGGAAGCUCCGCCCGAGCGCAGGUGGCUCUAUCGGCUAUUCCUCGGCAUGGACGCGAACUUCCGGCUCAAGCGGAAGAAUGUCUCGUCUGAUGCCGCCGACCCAGGACUCAAUACAGGGAUCGCCUUCUUCAUUGAGGAAAAGCGAUACAAGGCGCAUAUCAAGAUGUACGGCAAGGUUAUCAAGGAGGAAACCAGUACAUGCAACAACCAUGACGCAGUCAAGCUCGCAAAUUUGAAGGGUUCUCAAGGUACAGCGGCAAGCGGAGUGGGGACAGUGGAAUGUUCUCGCCAUGACAUGAAGCGGCCGUGUUCUGUCGGAGACCUGCAGAAGGGAGAGCGAUACGUCAAUAUGGAUUAUCUUUUUUGGAGCAGCAUGCAGCAGAACACCCCCAUCUCUAUUGUGGUAUCAUACGACAUCGCAUGUCAGUGGUCGGUCCACUUUUGGGAACGCAUGGCAUUGUACGAACACCAUUUCGACAGGCGCACUAUCACCUUUCUCAUUCCGAAAUUUCAUCUACCCGCACAUCAAGAAUCUUGUCACCUUCGAUACUCAUUCAAUAUCACACCGCAAGUCGGACGCACAGACGGCGAAGCUGUGGAACGCGGCUGGGCAGCUGUCAAUCCCUUUGCUUCCAGCACUAAGGAGAUGGGUCCCGGUUCGCGUCGAGACUUGCUAGAUGACAUCUUCGGUGCCUAUAAUUGGAACAAGAUUACUCGCAUAGCGGAAUCCAUGCUCACCAAGAUAACAAAUGCCAUUGAAGAGCACAGCACCCAUGUCGCUGCCUUCCAUGAACUUUCGGCGGCUCUUCCUACAGAGCACGUAACAGAGUGGACGGAGGCCGUCACCGCAUGGGAGAGAGAUCCAUCCAAGCCAAAUCCUUUCCAGAUUACACAAAGCACUAUCACGCAAGCAAGUGUACGCCUUCAAUUAGUGGAGGAGGAUGCAGCACAGCUUCGGGAUGGUGAGGCCAGUGCAGUUCAUGAUACGAUAUCACCGAGCAUGGUGAUAAUGAGCAGCUUGGAGUUGGAGAAGCUUCAGUGUCGAUUGCAUGAAGAUACAGACGAAUUGGGCUCACACUCCACUGACCUCCAGCAUGCAAAGGUGCUCGAGCGUCGAAACACGCUUCAACGUCGCUACGAUGCAUGGUCGGAGGUUCAGCAGCUGUACAUCCCUGCGGUCGCAAUCUUGCGUUCACAAAACUCGGACAGUACUUCAAACGUCGUGCCUCAUGCAAGAUUAUACCUGCCAUCAGAGAUCCUCGAUAGAGUACGAUGUGACCCUUUUCUUGUGGAUUGUGAAUACCGUCUGCGGCAGGCACAGGCACACGAUGCGCUAGAGAACUUACGGCGACACCUUCGUCUACGAAGUCACCUCUACCAUAUCAAGGAUAGGUUCGUGCGUGGUCAACGUCCUAACACGCGUGCACGUGGAAUCAUCGAUACUGUACAAAGAAAAGUCGAUACAGAUGCCAAGCGUUAUCGAAAGGCCCGCCGUGCGGUGGAAGUUCUCAGCAUAGUCGUCGGGGAUCAGACAUGGCGGCGCGAGCUGCGCCAGCUUGACGACGGAGAUAUCAGAGGUAUGUCUGAAGGCCUGUUCACAGAGACCGAGGGCCGCCGCACUCUUAGAACUUUUGAAUCACUGUGCCGUGCUGUGCUGAUCGCUGCUAUAGCACUACGCGUCGAAUGGUGCAAAGCACGGGCACGGGCCCAUCGAUGGUCUGAAGAGUGUCAAUUACUCAAAGAAGAGAUGCGGCGUGUUGUGCAGUAUCACAACUACCAAGCUGAAUGGUGGCUGGGCCUCAUAGGGAGAAAGCCUGCCAGCUCAGAUGAAAACCGCGAGGGCAUGGCCGCGUAUGCAUUUCGACAAGCUGAGCUACGCACGUUGAUGGGAAAGUUCUGCGAGAAAUCAUGGAGGCGAGUAUCUGAAUGGCUGAAGUCGGGUGAAGUACACACUGCCGAUGAUGCAGAAGAACGUUGA